UGGAUCACGCUCUAGCAAAACCUUUAAACCCAAGAAAAAUAUACCAGAAGGUACCCACCAAUAUGAUUUAAUGAAACAUGCGGCAGCAACGUUAGGUUCAGGAAACUUACGAAAUGCUGUCGCCUUGCCAGACGGUGAAGAUCUCAACGAGUGGGUCGCAGUAAAUACUGUCGAUUUCUUCAAUCAAAUCAAUAUGUUGUACGGUACCAUCACUGAAUUUUGUACCGAAGAAAGUUGUGUUAUCAUGUCAGCCGGACCAAAAUAUGAAUAUCACUGGGCGGAUGGACUUACCGUCAAGAAGCCGAUUAAAUGUAGUGCCCCGAAAUACAUUGAUUAUCUUAUGACAUGGGUGCAAGAUCAACUCGACGAUGAGACACUAUUCCCAUCGAAAAUCGGCAUACCAUUCCCAAAGAAUUUCCUCAGCAUAGCUAAGACCAUUUUAAAGCGACUGUUUCGUGUUUAUGCGCAUAUUUACCAUCAACAUUUCUCAGAGGUCGUAACACUGGGUGAAGAGGCACAUCUGAACACAUCCUUUAAGCAUUUCAUAUUCUUUGUCCAAGAAUUCAAUUUAAUUGACCGCCGCGAAUUGGCACCACUGCAGGAACUCAUUGAUAAAUUAACAGCAAAAGAUGAGCGGCAAAUAUAGGAUUUAAUGCAAGUCGGUAUGCAGUUGGAGUUUUGAGUGUAAACGAUUAUGGUAAAAAGAAACGGAUGGGAGACAGUAUGAGCCGAUAGAGAAGCAAUAAAAACAACAGUGCGGAGACUGUUGAACAUAAUAAUAAAAAAUAUACGGAAGCGGUCUCAUGUAUUUACCCGUUUUAAUAAUAAUUUUUAGUAACUUUUACAAGAGCUGCAAUUUAUACCGAUGAUUAUGUUUCACUGAUGAAAAAAGAAAAUCAAUGAGGCGUAUUCUUGUUUUCGUGCGAAUCGAAAAUUUGAAAUUAUGGGAGCGUAUUCU